AUGGCCCUCACACCUCGCCGCUCGACCCGCGGCGCAGUCUUCACCCCCUCCCCUUUCCCCUCCCCGUCCCUCGCCGCCCCUUCCGACACCGCGACGACGUACCAAUGGCUGUCCCCCGCUAUCUACCCCGAAAACUCUGAUACUCCUCACUAUACGUCCCUGAGGCGCUCGGUGGCUGGCACAAACACUCCCGGCCGGCGGAAGGGGAAAGGCAAGGCGAAAGGGGACGACGAUACCCGAUUUACAGUGGGUGACGGGGUGGUCGUCUCGGUGGAUGGGAAUGGUGAGGGAGUGGGAGUGAUCACGAAGAUGUGGGAGGAGGAGGUAAAGAAGGAAGAAGACGAUGAUGAAGGGGACGGAGCUGAGGAAGAGGAUGAAGGGGAGGAAGGGGAAAAGACAGUCAAGAUGGCGGAAAUACAUUGGUGUUUCCGAAGAAGGGAUCUGCCGAGUAUCAUGAAGAACAUCACAGUCGAAGAUAACGAGCUACUUCUAGCCGCCUCGCCGGUCCGACCCGUGUCUACCCCUAUCCCCGUUACCCUCCUCCUCCGUACCGUCGAGAUCUACUCUCGAGCCUCCUGGAAGCAGAAAUACGACCCGAUCAAGUCUGUCGUCCGCGGCUGGACAUACAUCCAGAAAGACGUGUACUGGUGCGAGCGCGCGUUCGACAAGGGGGCGAAGGGCGGUCUGGCAUGGCGGGUGGAUCUAGACGAGUGGAGGGAAGGCGGGAAGAGCGGACAAGGAUGGACGGUGCCGACCGUAGCACUGCCCGAGCCUGUGGAGGAUAAAGUAGAAAGCGAGGAUGAUGCGGCCAGCGGGAGCGAGGCGGCAGUGGGCGAAGGAUCAGACGACGAGGAGGAGGCGGAAGAAGGCACGCCAAAGAAGCGGAAGCGCCCUGCAGCAGCAAGGGUCAAAGCGCCCGCUCGGCCAGCAAAGAAGCGCAAGACGAUCCAAGCGGCGCCUGGGCGCACACCGAAGAAGGGCAAGAAGCUGCCUCAUCCGCAAGCCUCGACUACACAUAUCCCUUCCUCCAUACCGGAUCUGGAUGAUCUGCCUGUUGACCCGUAUCAGAGAGCUCUGCGCCUCUUACACGUCGGUGCGACGCCAGAGUCUCUGCCUUGUCGGGAGGAGGAGUUUGUGGAGGUGCUGAGUAAGGUGGAAGAAGGGGUGGAAGGUGGCGGAGGGGGCUGUCUCUAUAUUGCUGGAGUGCCAGGAACAGGAAAGACAGCAACGGUCCAUGCGGUAGUGAAGGAGCUCAAGCGGAAAGCAGAGGAUGGCGAAUUGCCUCCCUUCUCAUACGUCGAGAUCAACGGCCUCAAGAUCCCCUCUCCUCAGCAUGCCUACACUGUUCUCUGGGAAGCCAUCUCCGGCGCUCAGGCCACAUCAUCCAAGACCGCCCUACGAGGUCUGGAGGCGCACUUCAACCGUAAGACCGGAGGAGCGCGGGGUCCAAGAGGUCAUACCUUUGUUGUGCUCAUGGACGAACUCGAUCAGCUCCUCACCACCAAGCAGGACGUCGUCUACAACUUCUUCAACUGGCCGACUAUGCGCGACUCUCAGCUGUUCGUCAUUGCCGUCGCGAAUAGGAUGGACCUGCCUCAGCAGCUCGCAGCUAAAAUCAAAUCCAGGCUAGGUCUCCAGACGCUCUUGUUCCAGCCGUACGACCGGCAGAACCUCAUCGAGAUUGUGCAGUCUCGGCUCAUCGCGCACCCAAAAAGCAGGGAGGAGCAUAAGGUGCUUCAGCCAGAUGCCAUCGCAUUGGCGGCGACAAAGAUGGCGGGUACGAAUGGAGAUGCGAGGCGUGUGCUCGAUGCGUGCAGGCGAGCUUCGACGUUCAGAUUGAAGCACGACACUCCGCACCCCGUCACCGCCAAAGAAAUGAUGGGUGUCUUAAACCAAAUGUCUUCUUCGCCCGUCGCGCUCUUCGUCAAGUCAUGCAGUGAACAGCAGAAGAUGAUGCUGGCGGCUAUGGUACGAUGUGUCCGGCGAGAAGGUGUGCCGGAGAUACAAUGGCGAGCAGUGAGGUCAGACCACGAUAAUCUCACCCGAUCUCUCCUCGGAUCAAAUGAUCUCUUAUCCCCCUCGGAGCUCCUUCUCGUCUUUUCCUCCCUUAUCGCGUCGCACGCCAUGACAGCCUCGCCCGACCCCAAAAUCAGCCAGGACGACCGCAGAGUCGCGCUGGGGAUGGAGAUUGGGGAGGUGGGCCGGGUGCUGAUGGCUGAAGGAGAAGGGUGGAGGAGGGCCCUGGCUGGUGUUUGA